AUGAAGUCUUCAGAAUUCAAAAAUGAUGAUUGUGUGAAAACUCUUGAAGAGAAUCUGUCCAAACAAAAAGCAGAUAUUAGAAAAGCUUUGCCUGGAGAACGUUUGGAAGACGUCCUCACCUCCGCAUUGCAAUGUCCAGUUUGCUUGACGAGAAUUAUCCCACCAAUACCAGAAUGUACCAACGGUCAUCAGAUUUGUUUUCGAUGUUGCUCGAGAGUAAAGAAUUGUCCUGUGUGUAGAGGCCAAAAUGUAGCACAGGAGAACAGCAAAAUACAAAUACCGCAAAAUAGUCAAAAAGUGUGUUGUUUGAUUGUCACCACCCUGGCGGUAGAUGAACAUCGUCCAAAAAGAAAAGAUGACCGUGGAAAGAGAAACCUCGAAUAUCAGGUUUCUCACCACUACUCGGCGUUACCUUCGUACAGGCUGGAACGGAGGAUAUCCACAGGUUCCCAGUACCAAAUUCCAUCACAGUAUUUUCCCAGACCAUAUCGUAAAGGUAGACCAAAUUCUUAUCCUGUUCCUUAUUAUGCGGUGCAAAUGGAACCACUUUUCCAUUACUCACAAAGAGAUCCCUUGUAUGAUACUAACAUUUUGUCCCUAGAUACACACAACGAUGACCCACUAACCGAAAACAACCAAGUUCAAGACAACGUUGAUCGCUACGGAUACCACAAGCCUCGCAUCAUCGAAAGGCCAGUUUAUAUCAAGGAGCCGGAACCCAUAAUCGAAAUUAUCAUCAAAGAAUCGAACGUUAGUCUGCCAGCUCCCCCUCCACCACCUCCACCUCCAAAAAAGAAGAAAGAAGAAGUACAGGUAUUUUACGUCAAGUAUGAGAAAAAUCCUCAUGGUACUGGAAAAAAUAGUAUUAUAUACGACAAACCAGUUCCCGCAAUUUCUCCAAAGCUUCCUGACCGUGAAGAAGAGGAACACGCAGAAGAAGCUUCUUAUAAUUAUCAUUCGGAAUCUGCAACAGUAGUUCCCCCUCCAAGUACCACUUUGAGAACAGUUAUUAGACCUGACUCUGAAACAUACCAUAGCCCAAGUGGAGUUAAAGUGACUUUUGGUAAAGAAGGGUUUGACUACGACAAGAGAUCUCCCAAGCCUGAAGACUUCCAACCUCCUCCGUCAUCUCAGCUUCCUCAAGGAAGACAACUCUCUUCUUUUUCCAAUACUUACUUCAAAAGACCAGCGACGUCUCAAAAUUAUCAGACGCUUCCUCCUGGAUUUAGAUCUGAUGUCAGACCACCUCAGUCAUAUAGACCAUUCACAUUUUCUUCUCCAUCUAACUUUAAAACUUUUGGACGUCAAUCUGCACCAUCUCAAUAUCAGCAACAAGCUCAACAACCCCCAAAAUACUCCUUCCAAUCUCCUCCUUUUCCAAAACCCAAUCAGCAAUUCAACAGUUUCUCUUCGCAGUCACCGCACUUUUCACAUACUAUCUCACAUCCUCCUCCGCCACGUUUCCAGAGUCCCAGACCUACAGCACCACAAGGACGACAGCCUGUCCCCUACAAACCAUUUGAGAAUUUGAGGCCACAACAGACGUUUUCACAACCAGCAGUUGAUAAUUUGAAGCAUCAACAAACAUUUUCACAACCAGCAGUUGACAAUUUGAGGAAUCAACAGACGUUCUCACAACCCCCAGUCGACACACUGAGGUCACAACAGACAUUUUCACAACCCCCUCCUGUUAGCUCACCGCUUACUCAGCAUCAUAUCCACAGACCUGAAGCACAUUUUCCCGUACACCAACAGCUCCCUUUGACCGAACAGACGCACACGUUCAACAAGCCAAGAUUCAGUCAACCAAUUGAAUCACAAUUUAAUAAUGUAGAGUUGCCACAUAAACCUGUUCUACAACACUCAACACAAUACAAUCCUCCACAAGCUUUACAACAAUUACCGAACCAACAACUCCACCAGAACUUCUUGAAACAGCAGACGUCAAAUCACCAGCAAAACGUUCUGCAACAAAACUUGCAACAACAGCUUCAAGGAAAUUUCAACCAACAAAAUCAAAAUUACCAACAUCAGCAAACACUCUACCAUAAUCAACAAUACCUUCCUCUUAAAGUAAAUGGUACCCAAUUCCCUAUCCCAGAUGUACCGGAGCUCAAAGGAAAGAAAAUAUCCAGCGUGGUCGUACUUGCCCCAGUAACCUACGACUUUUCUUCUGACCGAAAAACUAGACAAACAACUAGAGAGCUGUCACAAAAAUCAACUGAUAUUCAACUGAUCGAAGGGAUUGCUCUAAAGGAUUUGUUGGCAAAUCCCACACAGGAGAAUUACAAGAAAUUUUUAGAAAGCGAAAGGAAUUCCAAGAGUGACAAACAGUCAGUAAUACUGCUAGUUACAGAUCCUUCUGAAGGCAACAUCAAAGAAAGGGAAAUAUUCAUGUACGAUGUAGUUAGUCAAAAUGUCACCAAACUGAGUGGAGAACUAUCUUCUGCAUUUGUUGAAGCAGCUGAAGCCAAUUCUGAAGAUAAUGUUGAAGAAACUGCCGCUUCGAAUGUUAUCGAAACACGAGUUUCUUUCACAGGAAAAGUUGACAGACAAGGUUAUCUCGAAGAGGAUUUAGAAGAUUCCGCGAGUGAAAUUGAAGAAUCAAAGAUUCCCGUAAUUGACCCAUUACAAGACGAAGUCAUGGAAACCGAGUCUUCGGAAAACUUAGAACGUNCAUUUCCAUUUCUAUUUUCAAUCUUUUGA